AUGGCAGAGGAACAACCUCGAUUCGUUCUAACCCUCGAGGGACUGUGGAUACUUGAUGAUACCGGGAAAAAUCUCAAAUUCCUAUCCGAAGAAGAGCUCAACCAAAAUACUAUCGAAACCACUGAUGAUACGAUACCCAGGGAGCCACCAGCAGAGGUCAUCACCCAAUACCUUUCCACCCUGACUCCCCUUCAGAAGAAGAUGCACGACGGGCUCCGCGACUUGGGCUGGAAUGACGCUGCCAUUCACAACUUGCUCACUAUCCUUGAAGAUGCACAGCGGUACAACUGCGCAAAACUACGCCAGAAAGGAUACGCCGAAACUGAAAUCCAAAGGCUCGAUGCGCUCGGCAAUCAAGAUGUGAUGGAUUUCUCGCAUCUCAAACGUGGGGUUGCUAGCACAGCGGAUGAAGAUUAUCAACUGCAGCUGUACCUGCUGGAUGAGGUAAAACGAAGACGUUUGAUUAUACUUGGAGAAGAAUAA